AGCCCUGCCACCAAUUUGUUGCCUCAUAUUAAUGCCUCAGGAUUGGCAUCUCGGCUUUUAGUUUCGCCGGUGCCGAGAGAGCUCCCCUCCCUACCUACCUACUUUACAUGUAAGCUACGGAGAUAGCCACCUACAGCCUGGUCCGCAAUCCUCCAACAACUAUGCAAGCAUGCCUCCAUCACCAACAGGGAAGUCUGGUAAAGGAGUGUCACGAGAGCCCCCGCCGUCUCUCUUCCUAGGCCCGCCAUCCCAAAAUGCCUCCCAUGUCUCAAUCCCCGGCGGCACUCUCACUCAGCCGCCUACGAAUACAUCGACUCUGAGCCCCUCCCGCGUGCCUCUCACCCGCCAGCUCUCCUCCCUCUCGACACGCCUGCCCGCGCGGAACAACGUAGACGGCCAACCCGACAGCGGCGUCGCCGGCUCGCUGCCGCGGUCCGGCUCGCGGCAGAAGCAGGAGUCAGAGGUCAAGAAGCAGGCCGAUCGCACCGAUGCGCUGUGGGCCGAGAUGCAGAGCACGCUGGAGGAGGUAGAGCUGAGCGCGACCAACGGGGCGCAUGUCUUCGGGCCCGAGCAUAGCAAGGCGCUGGAUGAACUGCGAGCGGCGCAGAUCCAGUUGGCGCAGGCGUGGGCGAGGAGCGAGGCGGACGAUGUGGUGGAGAGCGCGGAUAAGGAGAGUAAGGGGGUAGGGUCGAGGAUUGGGGGCGGAAUGCUGGAUACGCUGGGUGUGGAGGGGGGGAAGGCGAGCACGGCGGCGAGUGCGACGGGGAGUAGUGGGAUUGCGGCGGCGGAGAGGAUGAGUAGUAAGUUGGCGGAGGAGACGGAGUCGGAUAUCCUGCUGGCGAGGAAGAGGAGGGAGGCCAAUGAUAGGUAUUUCCAGAGAGUGAAUGAUGGGGUGUUGAAUGUGGUUGCGAAGUUGGAGGAUGUGGCUGGUGCGAUGCAGCUCGUUGAGCGGGAGAGCCGGGAUAUAUGGGGAGAAGAUGAAAGCGCAACCGCAAGCCUGAGUGGAGGAUGAUUUGUGAGCAUGCUGGGUCAUCUUUCUCUUAUUCUGAGUAUUAGCGAUGGCGUUGGCAUUCAUGGGACUUGGGCGCAUCAGGUGGAAAUGGUUGGCAUGACUCGAUAUUCUGUAUUAUAUGUAUCUCAUUGUUGUACUGCAAAUACGCAGAUUGGCCGCUG